CAAGUCUUCACACCCCAUGCAGCUAGUCUCUUACCCCUCUAUAAAUUCCUUCUCCCCAGCCCACAUAAAAUGCACCAAAUAAAACAAACUCCCAUCCUCUUUAUCUUUUCUAGUAGCUCUUUAAAAGUUGUUAAAAACUUCAUUCAACUGCGUACCAAAAAACAAAAUGAAGAUUUCUCAGGGCAGCAUUUUGUUCGUGAUGCUGGUGAUCACCAUGUUUCUUGCUCAAGUGGAAGUGAGCAAGGCGGUGACUUGUAACCCGACGCAGCUGGCCCCAUGCUUCCCGGCGAUCAUUUCAAACCAGAAUCCGUCCGGCCAAUGCUGCCAGAAGCUGGGUGAACAGAGGCCUUGUCUUUGUGGAUAUCUCAGAGACCCAAAUCUCCGGCAAUACGUCAACUCCCCUAAUUCCAGGAGGGUAGCUGCCACCUGUGGUGUCCCUACCCCGUCCUGCUAAAUGAUUCAUUCAUGCAUCUUCGGCUGCUUUCAGUCGGGGCCGGAGGAACCCGAGUUGUUUCAACCAAAUUAAAUAAAGGCAGACCUGAUUUUCUUGCAUGGUUUAUACGUACCAUGAUUGAAUAUUCUAGAUGGUGAUGUAAGAAACGGACCUGUACUACUGUCUCUUAUCAUUCCUGUUGUUUUAUGUGUUACUACCAUGUACUGCAACUUUUGACAUUAUGCCAUUAUCUUGAUUUUUAUUUUUAUUUUUUCCCGUGAUUAUAUGCCCCUUUUACGUUACAGCCGAUUGAGAUUUAAAUUCUAAUAUCAUGGUCACGCCAAUUUUUUUUUUUUCUUUUACUCGGUACAACAGAGGAGGUUAGAGCCUAAAUAACUACCAUACUUCAGAGAUAGAUAUAUUCUAGCAAAGUUGUAUUCCAGCCACAUAGACGUGAACAAGAAGAAAACGAUCUAUCACAAGAAUAACAAAAAUCCACCCUUACCACACACAUCCUUUAACUGUAUUUUUACGAUUAUGGUGCUGGUACGUACUGAUAAUUAGGCAAACUAAACUAAAUGCAACUUCACAGUGUAAAUAAUUAUUUUACACUAAUAAUCAUGUGAUGUUCAUUUGUUGAUAUAUGUAGGGAUUGACUCAAUAGUGUCAAAUAUACAGUGAAAAGAAAUAGUGAUUUAGUUGCCUCCUAUUUUGGUGGCGCUUUGCCAUAAAAAUUAUAUUUUUCCUAUAAUUCUUUUUUCCUUAAUUAGUUAAUACGCAUCAGUCACUAUUAUCAUUUUGCUUUCCACAUUUUGAAUUAAACGAACAAAAGUAGUACACAUAAUUAUACAAAAUAAUCGUGAAUCUGAAGUAAUCAAAGUCUGUUUUUGCUUUUCAAUAAUUAUUUUAAGAAUAAAUUUUUUUUAAAAAAAACUAUUAUACUGUAUAGUUUUAUAAACUUGCACCCUGAUAAUACUGUAAUUGUUUUUAUAUAUAUAUAAAAAAAAGGUUAAAUAUUGGAGAGGAUCACUUUUAGCUGGGCAGGAUCUUGCUUUCAUUUUAGUUAUAUUUGAAAUGAGCCCAUGAAAUUAAGUAUUUGGGCCGCCGACUCAACUAGAUGACUCUUCCUCAUGUAGCCCAUCAGUUUGCAAUCUUUUUUAUUUAUUUUUCUUCAAAACACAUUUCUUGUUCAACAAUCUAGAGAACUCAGGACAUAUAUAUUUGUUUCUCCCUUUUUCCUUAAUCUGUGGUAUCUGGCAGAGGAAGCUUCCAACAUUUUCUUCACGAAUUCGAAAGGUACGAUUUGAUAAUUGUUUCUUCUUCGGUCAGUGAUGAGUUUCGAUUUAGAUUCAGUUUUUUACUUAUAUUUUGCUGCCGCUUGUUGAUGAUUUAUAUUGAUUUGAUUUUUCCAAAAUUAUUCUUGAUUGGCGUUUAUGAUCACUUCAUCGGCUGGAAAGUGAAAUAUGUUAAUUGACCAAUCUUUGAAAAUAUCGGUUAUUGAUUGGUAAUUUGUGCUGAUCCUGUCGGUUUCGGUUGUGUUUGUGUCUGAGACCUUUUAUCAAACAGUUGGUAGUCACGGUAACAAUGGCAGCUGAGAGAAGCCCAAGUGAUGAUACAAAGGGGCUAUCAUCAACCGCAGCUCAAACUCAGGUGAUGACGUCUUGCCGCAAGAAGAAGAAUGAAAGUGCAACGUUUUUAGAGGAUGUGAAGGAUCAUAUUGACGAGUUCAUUCAUGCUUCCAUGGAUGAGCAUAAGACAUGCUUUCAGAAGACAAUUAAAAAGAUGUUUGGCCUGUCAAAAGUUGUUACUGAUCGGAACAGUGGGACGGCAGAGGUUGAAAGUGCACUGCCCCUAAGGACAUCAUUGUCUGAGUAAGAUAGAUGUCGAGCAGUUUUCUAAUAACAACUCCAGAGUUACGAAUAAGAAUGCUGUGUAUCGUGAUGAACUAAUUUCAGUUUGGAUUUAGCCUAGUUGAGUUUUAGGUUUAACUUGUUGCAGCUGAAAAUUUCUCUGUUUUGUGUCAAAUGCUUGGUUCAGGGGAUGUGGGACAAUAUGUUUUUAUGUAAUCCGCAGUUCUUGUAAGCUUUCUUUAUUGGUUCUUGGAUUAUGAUCCGUAAAUAUUAGCGUGGCUUUUUCAAUAUUGUGAUCAGCUCAGAUGCCUCGUAUUUGCCUAACAUGCACAUCUGCAACACCCAUUAUCUGAUUUCUGCUCUUGCGGCAAAGAAUCAAUUUGGCGUAUGUCCCGGGGGGGGAGCUAAUUCGCACUUUUUUUUUUUGUUGUAUGGAAUCUUUCCUGAAGUCGGCUUGCCAGGUAAAAAUUAAUACUCCCUCGGUCCUAAAAUUAUUGUCCAGUUUGAGAUUUCAUUUUUAGUACAAUUUGUAUUAGAAAUGGAAACCUAAACUGGACAAUAAUUAUGGGACAGAGGGAGUACUACUAUCCGAUUGAUAAGGUUCUCUCUUACCUUGAUACUAGAAGCCAACUAAAUCCAAUCAACUAAGUGAUGAAAGUUUAUGUACAUGCGGGUGAUUGCAGGACUUCUGCUUCUGUCUGAGUUCGUUUUACAUUAUUUUUACCUUUGGGAAUGAAUGCUGCAACUGUUACAACUUUCUUUCAAAUGUUCAAGGAUGCAAUGGUACCUAUGAAUAUGAAUGACAAAAAAGGUUAAUGAC